AUGAGACUCACACAUGGACUCAUUGGCCUCUUGGCCGGACUCACCGCCGCCGGUACCAUCAGCACGACGCAGAUGCGCAAUGUCGUCUACUUUGACCAAUACCAUACGGCGAUCGUGCCGGGCAAGGACAUCACAGCGGGCAUAACGCACGUGAUCAUGACCUUCGCCAACUCGUCGCUCUUCGCGCCCACCACAUCCGGGCCCUACACGCCCUUCAUGCCCGUCCCCUCGGUGCGCGCGCACUUCGACAGCGGCGCAAAAGUGGGCAUCGCCAUCGGCGGCUGGGGCGACACAGCAGGCUUCAGCGCGGGUGCGGCCUCGGCCGAGACGCGCCACACCUACGCGGCCAACGUGGCGUCCAUGGCCGCGGAGCACGGCUUCGACUUCGUGGACGUCGACUGGGAGUACCCCGGUGGCAACGGCGAGGACUACCGACAGACGCCCAACGCGGACAAGACGACCGAGAUCACGACGUUCCCGCUGCUGCUGAAGGAGAUCAAGGCCGCCAUCGCGCCGCGCGCGCUGUCCAUCGCCGUGCCCGGCCUCGAGCGCGACAUGAUCGCCUACACGCCGGAGCAGGCGCCGCAGAUCUUCGCCAGCGUCGACAUGGUCAAUGUGAUGGCAUACGACCUGAUGAACCGCCGCGACGUCGUGACAAAGCACCACAGUUCCGUGUCGGGCUCGCUGGACUCGGUCAGGCGGUACACGGCGCUCGGGCUCGACGCGUCCAAGAUCAACCUGGGCCUUGCGUACUACGCCAAGUACUUCCAGACGCCGGCCAACGCGUCGGCGUGUACGACGGGCACGGGGUGUCCCAUCGUGCCGGCCGAGAACGCCGACGGCAGCGACGCGGGCACGUCCGGGACCGUGACGUUCGAGCGCCAAGUGUCGGUGCCGGGGAACCUGACGACGUCGACGGACGAGAGCUGCGGCACGGGCACCUUCUUCACAUGCGCCGGGCUGGCGGGCAAGGGCUGCUGCUCGCAGUACGGAUACUGCGGGGCUACGACCGCGCACUGCGGCGCGGGGUGCCAGAACGGCUACGGGACGUGCAGCGGUGCGGAUAUCCAGACAUCGUACCAGACGGCGAUGGAGCGCGGCGUGCUGGACCAGCGGGAGGGCGGGAUGUGGUACUGGGAUGCCGAGGCGAAUCUGUUCUGGACGUGGGACACGGUCGAGCUGAUGCAGCGCAAGUUCGUCGAGAUCGUGGCGCCGCUCGGUCUCGGAGGCGUCAUGGCCUGGAGUCUGGGCGAGGAUAGUGCCGAUUGGAGCCAUAUACUUGCUGUCUCGCAGGCGGUGAGGGAGAAGGGGUCGCCGUUGAUGAUUGCUGGACGGCAUGCCCGGGAGGUUCAUAGACGGGCUAUGCGGCCUGGGCGAUACCAGAUGAGACAUGAGCAUGUCCGGGAGGUCUCUGUAGGUGAACUGUAG